AUGGAAGGUGCACCGCUUAUUCCAGUCGUUAUUUCGCUUUAUUUGAAUUAUGUUGAGGCUCUGAUAUCCAAGUGCCGUAGAAUGGAGAUUACGAUCGUAGCCUUUCACUCUCUCUUGUUGCUCUCAUGGGCUAUUGGCAACGUACAAGGCAGCGCAGGUCAUUCUAGCUCCGUUAAUGAAGUUGCAUCUCGCGUAACUGCAAACAUUGGUAAUGUAGGUGUAAAGAGAAUUGUCAAGAUAGAGCCGUUUUACAUCGUAAGGAAAGGUCCUCUUGAGCUCAAAUGUCCAGAAGGUUCAGAGUUUGUGUCACCCGAGUCAUUCUCGGUCUGUACACCCGAGUUUAUGGAUCAUAAAAUCUCGGCCCCCAGGUGUAAAAUCGACAAGAUGCUUGUCAAUACCUACAACGGCUACUGCGCAAACCUCUUCAGACGCGGUGAAGUCUGCAUUCUCAGCAUCAAUCAAGAGGCAGCUGGACCGGAAAGGUACGCUGCCGAUUUCGGCAUCAAGUGCCCAAAUCGUAACUCCAUCUAUAACGGACUAUACUACUGCAAGGAGAGAAUUCCAAGACCAGUAGAAGAUGGAGAAGAGGUUACCGUCAUCAGCCAUAAAAGCGUAGGAUUUGGUGCAACCUGCCCACCCGGAAAAGUAAUCAAAACUGUGUUUGCGUUCGAAUUCGGACCAAUGUUUCAUGAAAAGGGAUUUAAACGCUCUGCGUUAGCCAAGGCAAAAGCCGAGUGUGAUGGAAAACAAGAGUGCUCUCUUUUAACCUCAGAAAACACUGGACUCAAUUAUGUAACAUAUCAGACACUCACAUACAAGUGCGUCUGAGGUAGUCUAACAUGUGGCUUUUU